GGUUGACACCCAUUCCGCCGCCGACAGCCAAUGGCUCGCCGCGGCCUUUUGGCGCGAGGGGUUCUGACGAGCGGUGCCCCUGCGAAAAAACAAAAACGCCGACCGCGAAAAGGACGAAAAAGAAUAUGGCCGUUUGCCGCGAAUAAUUAUCGUCUCGCGCGUACAGCAGAAUAUGUAUUGUAAUAUAUUACAUUAUUAUUAUUAUACCGACCACCGGCCGUUCGCGUUUAGUGCUUUACCAUUAUUAAUAUCGUCAUCGCCGUCAGCGUCAUCGUCGUCAUUGUCGCCGUCGUUGUCGUUGUCGUUGUCGUCGUCGUCGUCGUCGUAGUCGCCGUUAUUAUCUGCAUCCGUCGUCGUGUGCGCGACUCGACGGCGGUCGGCGACAAUUAUAUAAUAUAUUAUCAUAAAAUAAUAUUCAAAAUAUCAUCUCAUAUCAUACAAUAUCGUCGCCGUUGCGCCACGUACCCAACUGCACUGCAGCAGCAGUCGCGAUUUUCCGACGUCUGAAUUAUUAUUGUUGUCUUGUCUCCUAAAAUAUAUUACAUUGAUUUUCGUUACGAUAACACUAUAAUAAUCCGCGCGUACGUGUGGAGUGUCGCCGUCCCGGCCGUCGCGUGCACACGCCACACAACGUUUUAUGCGCGUACGGGUCGCGUCGUCGCGCGAACGCCGACCGACGUUCGAAGAUUUUUGUCCGUUUGUCGGAAAACGGUACAGUAGCCGCGGACCGUCGCCGCAGACUCGCGCUUUCGCCGCUGCUCGUGACGACUUUAAUAUUACAGAAUAAAAAUAUCACAGACUUAUCGCCGACGAACGUCCGACUGCAGCGUAUGUUGCGCGGAUAUAUGAUAACAAUAUCUCGUGACCGUUAUGCGCUUUUCGCGCCGACGACGAAAGGUAUCGACGUGGUAACCUAACGUACUAAUAAUUUUAUUCGGAUCUGAACUUUAGCGGAAUAUCGUCUCCGCAAUCUAAUCGUAUAAUAUACAAUAAUGUACUCGACGCAUUACAACGGAUUCACAUUUCAAGGCCAAGGGCGUGUGAACCAGCUUGGUGGUACGUUCAUUAACGGCCGACCGCUGCCUAAUGUGGUUCGGUUAAAAAUUGUCGAAAUGGCCGCGGCCGGCGUGCGGCCAAGCAACAUAUCUAGACAGCUUAAAGUGUCACACGGAUGCGUGUCCAAGAUACUCAAUAGAUACCAAGAGACGGGCAGCAUCCGACCCGGCAUAGUGAACAGCGAUCACAUUCAAAAAAACUGUCCGAAGCGAAGUUUGUAUUGUCCGGAAGAAGUUUGCAGAGAUACGACAAUUAGAUCAGAUCGUCAUAGUAAUUACUCAAUUGACGGGAUAUUGUCAGGAAGAACCGGCGACGUGGACGUGCCGUCGGAACCGGGCAUCGUCAUAUCCAGAAAACAGAGAAGAGGAAGGACAGCGUUCACAGCCCAACAACUGGAAGGUUUGGAAAGGUCGUUUUUGGCUUGUCAGUACCCGGACAUAGCUGCCCGUGAAAAUCUCGCCGUGAAAUUUGGACUUCCGGAACCUCGAGUCCAAGUGUGGUUCAGCAAUCGGAGAGCGAGAUGGAGAAAACAGAAUAGUUCCAACGUACAGCACAACACAAUCAGCAGCAAUUUUUCUGAGAACCUCAACGCACCUUCCUACACUGGCACAUCCGAUUGGAGGCUCCAACCUGGCGCUCAGUACAACGGUUACUACGACGGGUCAGCGUGGGAUGAAUACCACCAGCAAACUGCACGGACCAACGCGGCUCACCAAUAUGGAGACAUAUUCAACCCGUCCGCCGCCGCUGUCGCUUACGGAGCGCACAACGAAUUUGCGGCUAACCCGAGCAAACUACGUCUGCCGCCGACCCUGCCACCACAUCCACCGACGACACAACCACCAACCGGCACUGCCGCCACAACUUCCUCUGCCUCCAUGGGAUACCAUCAGCCGCCGACCGCCGCGGUCAGUCGCUGGACGGAAUUUGGCAAACCCGCAGUAGCGGCUUCCACGUCCACACUCGAUUUUCCAGUGGCGUCUUAUUUCAACAACAAUUUAUUAUGAUAUUGUUAUUAAUAAGUUAGCUUUAAUAUUGUAUGCAAAAUAAUAUUAUAUUAUCGCAACUACCGAUACAACGACUGACGUUACCACUCGUCUUAUACAACGCUAACCGCUUAAUUUAUACAAUAAUUAUUAGGUGCCCGAAAACGCAUCCACGUCUCACAUAUAAUAUUAUUUUUUGUUAUAUUAUACUAUGUAGGUACAGGUCAAUUAAUCGAAAAAACUUAACUAGAUUUUUCCUAAAAAUCAUACAUUCAUAUACAUUUUGAAUUUUGAUUUAAAUCCAAUAAAGAUCACAUUUUAAAUUACCUAGAUUUUAGAUACUAUUUAGUAUUUAAGUAGUUUCGUGUGCUGAUACUGAUAC